AGAAGGGGAAGAACAAGCACAAGGUUUGAUAGCAUAAGCCUUUUCCCCAUGUGGCUGCCAGAUGAUCAUUGUAUCUCCGCUCUAACCAGGUGUGCCGUGGCAGAAGUUAAGGUUCUACUUUGAAAACAGUUUGCCAUUGUUUCAUCAUGGACAUUGUGUUUGAGAUCAAUACUGGACAAUAUAAAACCUCAGUAAUAUGAGAAUAUAGCAAAUGUAUUUCUGCCUUGUAAGUAUUGCUGUAAAUUAGUGUUGUAUCUGGCAGGAGAAAGCUAAAAGCUUUUCUGCUUUACUUUAGCAUCAAUGAGCAGCACCGUCAACCCACCUUUGAGUCUUGAGGACUGGUAAGUCAUCCUGUGAGGAGUUCCGUGCAAGGCAGAAAAAUUAGGUGAAAUUGGAAGAUGAAUUUGUAGAAGACAAAGGAAAUGGAUGAAGCUGCCAGUGUUAUCCAGUUUGGUAAAUCGGCCAAGCGAUCACCUGAGUCCACUCAAAUCGGGCAGUAUGGGAACGGCUUGAAAUCCGGUUCCAUGCGGAUUGGGAAGGAUUUUAUCCUGUUCACAAAGAAAGAUAGCACCAUGACUUGCCUCCUCUUAUCACGGACAUUCCAUGAGGAAGAAGGCAUCGACGAGGUCAUCGUUCCUCUACCCACCUGGAAUGCACGGAGCCGUGAACCUGUGACGGACAACAUGGAGAAAUUUGCUAUCGAGACGGAGCUCAUUUACAAGUAUUCCCCUUUCAAAUCAGAACGGGAAGUGAUGGACCAGUUCAAUAAGAUAUGUGGUGAGAAAGGCACCCUGGUGAUCAUCUUUAACCUCAAACUAAUGGAUAAUGGAGAGCCAGAGCUGGAUGUGACUUCUGACCCUCAAGAUAUUCAGAUGGCAGAAACACCCCCAGAGGGAACCAAGCCGGAGCGCCGCUCCUUCCGUGCCUAUGCUGCUGUGCUUUAUAUUGAUCCCAGGAUGAGGAUCUUCAUCAAUGGACACAAAGUACAAACCAAACGACUCUCAUGCUGCCUCUACAAGCCAAGGAUGUACAAAUACACUUCAAACCGUUUCAAGACCCGUGCAGAGCAAGAGGUGAAGAAAGCAGAGCACAUGGCAAGGAUAGCGGAAGAGAAGGCUCGUGAGGCAGAGAGCAAAGCCCGUGCCCUUGAGCUACGCCUCGGAGGGGAUCUCACGCGGGAGUCCAGGGUGACAUUGCGUCAGGUCCAGAACUCAGCUAUCACCAUGCGGCGGGAGGCUGACGUCAAGAAAAGAAUUCAAGAUGCAAAGCAGCGGGCGCUGAAGGAACCCAAGGAGCUGAAUUUUAUCUUUGGGGUGAACAUUGAGCAGCGCGACCUGGAUGGCAUGUUCAUUUAUAACUGCAGUCGGCUGAUCAAGAUGUAUGAGAAGGUGGGCCCACAGCUGGAAGGUGGCAUGGCAUGUGGAGGAGUGGUAGGUGUGGUGGAUGUGCCCUAUUUGGUUCUGGAGCCAACCCAUAAUAAACAAGACUUUGCUGAUGCCAAGGAGUAUCGACAUUUGCUGAAGGCCAUGGGAGAGCAUUUGGCUCAGUAUUGGAAAGAUGUUGCAAUAGCCCAGAGAGGUAUCAUCAAGUUCUGGGAUGAAUUUGGUUAUUUAUCAGCAAACUGGAACCAGCCUCCGUCUAGUGAACUGCGCUACAAGCGUAGGAGAGCCAUGGAGAUCCCCACCACAAUUCAGUGCGAUGUCUGUCUGAAGUGGCGGACUCUCCCAUUCCAGCUGAGCUCAGUGGAGAAAAACUACCCUGACAGCUGGGUGUGCUCCAUGAACCCUGAUCCUGAACAAGACAGAUGUGAGGCUGCAGAGCAGAAGCAGAAGUUACCACUGGGAACUCUAAAAAAAGACUUGAAAUCAAAUGAGGAAAAGCAGAAACAACUGACAGAGAAAAUACGCCAGCAGCAGAAAAAGCUGGAAGCUCUGCAGAAAACCACUCCAAUUCUAUCUCAGGCUGACUUAAAGAAACUGCCUCUGGAAGUGACCACACGGCCUUCAAGGGAGCACACCCGAACUCAGCGCCCACGAUCUCCUCCUUUGCCUAGUGUAAUCAAGAAUGCUCCCAGCAGGCCACCAGGAUCUUCACCUCCUCACAAAUCCUGCACUCAGCUGAAAAAGAGCUCUUCAGAUCGUCCAAAUACCAGCUCCCCCAAGCUAGCCAGCAUGCUUUUUGAGGAGGAGGCCAGCACUUCCAGGACACACCAUCACACUGUGACAGCUGGGAAGUCUAACAGCACUUUAAAAACUCUUGCUAAACCAGGUACAAGCAUGAAGUCACCCUCUGGCCUGCAGAGCCCCAAAAGCUCACGUGAGACACCCAAUCCAAAAGUAGCCAAGGUGCCAACAGUAAGGAAAUCUGCCUCUGGCAGAUGUUUACAGGCCUCCAACACUCGAAAGAGGGCCUUGAACAUUCCAGAGGAUGGGUCUGAGGAGGAGGGUGAGCCCAAAAAGGAGAGGACAAAACGAGGAAAAUUUUUGGCAGUGAAAGAAGAGAAGGAUUCCAGUGAGGUGGUGGUGGAGCUCACAGACAGUGCUGGAGAGGAAGAGUUGUUGGAACUGAAAAAAGCACAGAAAGAUAAGGGGCUGCAUGUGGAAGUGCGUGUGAACAAGGAAUGGUUCACAGGCCGUGUCACGGCUGUGGAAAGGGUCAGGCAUGUAAUCCGGUGGAAGGUGAAGUUUGAUUAUGUCCCUACAGACACCACACCAAGGGAUCGCUGGGUAGAGAAGGGCAGUGAGGAUGUAAGGCUUAUGAAGCCUCCCUCUCCUGAAUACCAGGCUCCAGACACACAGCAGGAAGAGGAGGUGGUCAUGGCUGAACCUUCUACCUCGGAUUGCGUCAGAAUCGAGCCUGACACCACUGGUCCCAGCAGCAGCCAAGAAACAGUUGACUUGCUAGUCCAGAUCCUUCGAAAUUGUUUGCGAUACUUCUUGCCUCCAAGUUUUCCAAUCUCCAAGAAUGAGCUGAGUUCCAUGAACUCAGAAGGGUUGUUGGCAUUUCCCUUGAAAGAAUAUUUUAAGCAGUAUGAGGUGGGUCUGCAGAACCUGUGCAAUUCAUAUCAGACACGUGCCGAUGCCCGGGCCAAAGCCUGUGAGGAAAACCUCCGGAACUUAGAAAGGAAGCUGAGGGAAACAGAGGAGAAACUGCAGAAGUUGAGGACUAAUAUCAUGGCCCUUCUGCAGAAAGUGCAGGAGGACAUUGAUAUUAAUACAGAUGAUGAACUGGAUGCAUAUAUUGAGGACUUGAUCAUGAAAGGAGACUGAGGAGCUCCAGUACAAGUCCUGGAGAAGUGCAGAAGAGCUGGCUGCUGCAAAGGGAGAUGUGGAUCUCUGUGCAGGUGGACUGGGGCAGCUGAUGAGGAGAGAGUUUUUUAGACAGUGUUCAUGUUGGUGUACAACUUGUUCCUUUGACUGUACAUGAGAAGCAUUUGUGCUGUUGGCAGGAAAAUUUAUAACUUUGUAGUUCUCCAAAACUCUUCUUUUUGUUUAUAAAUAUUUAUUUUUAAAAGAAAUGGGAACUGUGCCUGAUACAAUGGGUGUUUUUAGUGAUGUAGAAGUGUGAGUACCCCUUUUGCAACUCAAGUAUAUUCAUAUGCUAAACCUGGGAGCUCGGACCACCCUGCUUAGCUUACUGGUUCUCCAGCAAGAACCUGGCAGCAAUUAAAAAAAUAAGCCUUGAGUUGUGGCAGAGGGGGUCAGGAUUUUUUUGUGGAAGAUACUGAACUUGAGGUAGAGAAAGCCAAGCCAUGAAUUGGAGCUAUAGAAGAUGUCCUUGUAUGAGUGUGAGUAGAGGGGAUGGAACCUUGGUGGAACUCGGAAAUUUGGCACUGGCACCUGCAGUGAGCUUCCUGAACAGGAGGUUGCUGCAAGUGGGUGAAACUGUCUCCAUGGUAAUAGCUAAGAGGCUGAGGGUCCUUCUAGAAGAGGAUCAACUUCUGGACUGCUCACAGUGGGCUGUGAGCAUCAGAGGAAUAAUGCUGGCAUUCGAGUUUUCUGCUUGCAGUCACUUUAUCACUCAGUUCUGCUGCUGUUUCUUUGAGACAUAAUUACAGCAUCAGAAGAACUCUUCGUCCACCUGGCAAUAAAGUGACCCCUGUUCUAUUGUCA